CUCUCUGUUUCUCUGUCUUUUCCAAACGAACAUAACUUGAAUACUCUAUCGGAAUAUACGUGGAACCAGUUUAGGAUAUUUCUUGAGCUUCCCUCCACGUCGAAGGCGAAGGAAAGUUGUCUUUUUUUUUUAUUAUUUUAUUUUUGAAAUACCUCCCCCGAUUUCUCAUGUAUAUAUACACAUGCGUGUAUAUAUUAUAUUCCUUAUAUGCAUAUAUAUUUUAUAUUUAUAUUAUACAUCAUAUACUGUAUGUAUAUAUAUACUUGUACAUAUUUACAAAUUUACUUACUGCGAAAAGAAAACUUGGUCGCGUAUUUACAAACAGCCAAUCGUUCGUGUAUAUAUUUAUACACACCUACCUACUUGUGUAUAUACAGAUUAUAUAUACGACAAAAUAUUGCAGAAAGUCUUUCAAGUACAUCAAACACUCCCGGAAUAUCGAAAGACAACAAGAUUGCGGAAGCCAUAUCUUAUACAGCAAAAAACUUUUAAACAAUUUCACCAAAAGUGUAUAUACGUAUAUAUUAUAUAUACAUAUAUUAUACAUAUAUAUUAUAUACAUAGCACGCACACACACGUACAUCCAUAUACAGCAAGCAUAUAUAUAUAUAAAGAUAAAUAUAUAAAUAUAGAUAUAAAUAUAUAUAAAAAUCACUCGAUAUUAUGUCCGCCGGGUGGUGUAUGGGGGCAACGGUGAAAAUCUUGUUAGUUCUCUGUUGUUUCGUCUUCCGGGGCGAUUCAAUUAGUGAUACAAUUAUCCGGGGAAAUACAAAGUUCCAUACGAUGGAGACUUCGCCUUCGGAAAACAAAACCGUUAUCUAUUUCAGUUACAUGGCAGCAUCGGAAUCGCAGGAAUAUCAAAGAGAAAAACAGGCUAGGUUAAUAUCUGGUGCUUUGUCGUAUGCCGUGUCGAAAAUCAACAAUGAUUCCAAUCUUUUACCAAACCACACGCUGGCAUUUAAAUGGAGUGACACACUAUCGGACGAGUUGGAAGUUCUUAGGCAAAUGUGCCAUUCUUGGACUGAUGAAGUUUAUGCUUUCUUUGGACCCGAAACUUACUGUGGAGUUGCUGCCAGGUUGGCAGCUGCCUGGAAUACACCUAUGAUAUCGUAUAAAUGUGCCACUCACGAAGUCUCCAACAAAACCAUCUACCCUACAUUUGCGCGGACAUUUCCGCCAGCUAAUCAAGUCACAAAGUUCAUAGUUUCGUUGUUAAAACACCACAACUGGACACAGUACUCCCUGGUUGUCGGAUCUAGUAACCGGAUGAUGGAUAUUAAAUCUAAACUGGUUCAACUCAGUACGGAAUACAAUCUUAGUAUCAUCAAUAUUACCACAUACAAGGAACCUUACAUCCCAAUUGUAGGUAACAGCGAAAUACCGGGUAUCGUGAAUAAUACCUACCCGCAUACAAGGAUUUAUGUAUUCCUUGGAGAUCAGAAUGGCAUCGUGGAUUUCAUGUGCAAUCUUUACGACAUGGGAGUUUUGGAUGGAGGCAAAUAUAUUGUUAUCUACAUUGAUCAUAUGCCUUACAAUAAGAAUGGUUCCUUGAAGUAUUUUAAAAAGGCAAUGGAUAAUCCAACAGACAACUUAAACUGUGGGGCCGCCGCACGAUCCUUAUUGGUGAUGGCACCACAACCGCCGUCUAACCGCAACUACAAGCAUUUCGAGAAAAUGGUCAACGAAUACAACGAGAAGGCACCCUUUAACUUUCCUGACCCUUUUGCUGCCGGAAAAAAGGUACCCUUAUUUGCUGCACAUCUCUACGAUGCCGUGUAUUUAUAUGCAGAAUGCAUUCACAACAUGUUGCUUGAGAACCUCAAUAUACGGAAUGGUACCGACGUCAUUAACAGAAUUCGCAACAAACGUUUCCAAAGUAUCCAGGGAUUCCAAUGCCUUAUUGACGAAAACGGAGACGCCUUGGGCAAUUAUUCGUUGCUGGCUUGGAAAGAGGAUUAUUCUCCAAACAGAGAAGCCAAUUUCUCUAUGGAUCCAGUUGGAUCUUUUAUAAUCGAUAACCAUAAAUCACUUCCGGUAAGCCAGCUCAGAUUUCUAUAAUCUCAUUUCUCUCUCUGUCUC